ACAUGGCGGCGCGUUGUCGUUGUCUAGGAACCAUGCCUGAGGAGGAAGCGACUUGAGUUGGAGUAUUAUCGGAGUAACUUUAAUUGACGCAGCAUUCUUGGUAUUGUUUUCUCCUUGCUUUAAUGGUGCAUGAUGUGUCUUCCUUCCUAGCCUCCAGACAUGCCAGACCAUGCAUGGUGCAUGUCAUGUCUUUUUCUACCUCCAUGAUUGACAUUGUGCGAACCGAAGGUGAAUCUGUCAGGUUUCGUAAGAUUCAUUUUGGAGGGAACCGGCAGCUGCAGAUGGUUUGUGCAUUGUUUGGAUCAUGUUCAGUAUGCGGGCGGUGGACGGAAAUCUGGGAUAUUCAUUCUCACGGCCUUAACAGAAGUGCUUUCACAGAGCAAUGGAUAUCACCAGAGGUAGUCUAGCUGAGAUAUCCCGGCCAGCCAGCAACCAUCGCAGUCAUCUCCGGCCGGGGAGUCGUGUCUCACUGGGAACCCCAUCAUCUGCUGGUAGCACUAGGCAAGGGGUUGACACAAGCAACUCCCUAGAGAUCCUACCUCCUGAGUCCCCAGUUGUCAAUCAACAGGAGUUUGACCUGGAGGUCGUUGAGCUGUUUUCCUCGGACUCCGACAGCGAAUGCAACGUGGGCAGCCAGUCAGACGACGGCAAAGAAGAUGGGGGUGCACAGCAGCCAAACAGCAAUGGUCACAACAACAACGAUAGAUCCAAGGAGGGUCAUCAGAGAAGUAGCAACAGUGGAGCUGACAAAUCGCCGACCGGACCUGAUCCCCUGGACAGCAUCCCGGAUCCCAAGAUUCGAGAGGCCAUGAGGAAGAUGCAGCAACUGGACCGCAUCCUGGCCAAGAAGGUGCUCAAGGAGAAGGAGGUGAAACGCCAGCGGCUGCAGGCCCAUCGUGACAUGGAGCGAGAGCUGCAGGGCCUCAAGCCAGAGGGUAGGGAUGAACAGCGGGAGGUGUCAGACAACACCAGCCGCUUCUUGGCACUGGUGCCUCCAGCCAGCCACAGUGAAGGGAUUUCUCUGGACCAGGAGCCAGUGGAUCCAGUAUUCCAGACCCAGCCAGCUGAAGGGGAUACACCCAUCGCUGGGGACAAGGCUAACGGUGCCCAGAGAAACAAAGAUUCUAAACUUCAAGCAGGAAACAGCACUGACAGAAGUAGUCAAGUAGCGGGUGAGGGCAAGACGAAGCGUGGGGGUAGGCAAAGGUCAAAGGCCAAAGGUCCAGAUGACACGUUGCCAGGAGGGGGCAAUGACUUCAUCCAGAGGAACAUAGAUUUGGCUAGCGAUGCAGGGAAUGUUAUCGCCAUGACAGACGACGAGAAGAAGCGUCUGGAGGAGUUGCUGCAAGACGUCGAGAUGCUGGUGGAUGAGGAGGAGAAAGCGGACAGCACCCAUGGCAUGAAUGCCUUGCAGCUGUCAGCUGGAGUGGGCUACAUCCCUGAUGCCGACGAGCAGCAAGCUCUCCUGGACAUCGACGCCAAGCUCAAGGCUCUGCUCCCUGCUGAGGACUUUGAACACAUCAGCACUACCCCGUCGCAGGGGAGAGGCAGCUACUAUAGAGAUGAACCCGGUGAGAAGAUCCUUAAAGACACUAAAGAUGAGAGGACACAGCAGGAGCGACUGAAGAGGAUUGAGGUUGAGCUGGAAUACCUUGAGAACCGUGUGGAGAGAGAGAUCUAUAAGUCCCCGCGUCUGUCUCAAGAGAACCUGUCCGAGCUGUUGGAGCAGUGCUCGGAGCUGAGUUCCAGGGCUGCCACGGAAACCGACUCCAUCCUCCAAGCAUCGCCUCGGUCUGGUCACGUCUACUCUUCAGCGGAUGAAGAUAGUUACAAGGCCCAGGAGGCAACGCCAAGACUUCCAGAGGAUGUCUUGCAGAAGCUGCUAGCUGAUGCAAGGGAGUCUUGCCUCUCGGAAAGCAGACUGAGCUUGCUCACACCUGUCAGCUCACUGGACACUGAGCAGAUGCUGACAUCCCGAUCGGAGGGCAGCGAUUCACAGUCUUUUGCAGUGGUCUCCCAAAGCACCAUCAAAGAGUUGUUGAGGAACCCGAGAGCAACGUCCACUGUUGCGUCGACCACCGGAAUGAUCAUGGACAUUGCAAGGAGGGUCCAGGACGGGCCGGCAGAGGACGAUUUCAGGACACUGCGCGAUGCAACAUCUGGCCAGGGGUCAGUUAGAGGAGGGACGGUCAAUGGUCACAGUGGCCCGCAGGAUUCAGCCCAGGAUCUGAGCCCAACUGUAUUCAGCCGAACUUCGACCCAGCACAACACAGCGGCCAAUCAGAAUCUAUCCCUGGAUGGCCAGGACACACCUCCAUCACCUCGACAUUCACAGCAGUCACCCCAGCCUCACAGGUCCAACACGGGCUCCAACCAGGGUGCAGAGUCAGCUGUUAAGACCAGCCUGUCACUGAGAAGCUUCUCAAACAGCACCGACUUCCCUGCCGUCUCGGCUUCCCUCAAGUCGCCCGAGCCUCCACCCUCCAGGAUUCGGAGCAGGAACGGUGCUCCCAGCAGACCCAGAACAUCCACCGGAUCGCCGAAGCCAUCUACCUCUGCCAAGGACACUUUUUCCUCUUCUGUGGGGCAUAAGCCCCAGCUCUCUGUAGCUUCAGAGGCUUUGGACUCCUUGCCACAGCCUCCCUUAUCAAGACAAAUAGCGAGGAGCAGCAGAACCAAAGCGGCCAAACCACUUGCUGGGUCAAGCCUAGAUUCCAGAGGAACUCCGGACUCACUGGCCGGACACACCGAUUCCAGAGCCUCCACCAACACCCUGGUGUCCUCGUCUGACUUUGAGUAUGAGGACAACGAGGAAAUAGCCCAGCAGCUUUUGUCCCAUUCCCCUGGCAGUGGGAACACAGGGCAGAGGUCCAAGGAGGACUCGCCUGGCCUGGGAUCAAGCCUGGUAUCCAGAACUAUUGAGCAGAGUGUUGCAAGGAGCAUUGCAAGAUUUGAAAAGAAAGGAACUGAGGAAGAAAGAUUUAGUCCACCCUUGGUGUGAAGUCUUCCUGGAUCAGUGAUUUUGUGACUGAGAUCUACCGUCUCGUUUCAGAGAGGUGACUGCUUUUGUCUUUCCAGUUAUCAUUGACCUGUUCAACAGGUUGACUGCCGCGCACAAUUUCAAAGGGGCGUUCCAUUUGCCAAGCAUUGGAAGCACGUGGGCAUAUUUAACAGGUACCUUUCAGGUGUCUUCUGAACAUAAGCAUUUUACAGAUGUUUACGCCCUCCACACUGCCAACAGCAUAUUUGUCAUGUUCUUCAGUGAUGCCAGUGUAUUCAUAUUUACAUUACAAUAGCCUCUCAUUUCCUAUGAGUGUAUUCAUAGUGGUGGAAUCUGGUACACCUGUGAAUAUGUGUGUACUCGUAGCUGAUAGUCAGUGUGUCAAGACUGCAAUAAGACUGCAUUGUUCAGUGCAACUCAAAGCAUACAGCAAACUACAUGUGUAUUGAAUCAAGUCACACAAUAUUUUAACAAUGGUUGUCACAUUUUUUCCGCUUCAGUGUCACGUUGAAAUUGUGUAGGGCUUGCUGGAAGCUAUUGGCACAAAACCAAAACUAGUCGGUCAAAUCGGCUCAGCUAAAAAGCUGCCCCCAAAAUUCACCACUCUUUUGGUUUUCCUUGCCAGUUUUAUUAAAAACUCAUGCCAUUCAGUGUAUGGCCAUGUAGAUGCAUUUUAGAUUGAGUGCUUCUUUGCAUCACAAUUACAACAUCCAAAACUGUCAUUUGAUUUUAUGUUCCGAACAGUCAUUUGUUAGAUGAGUGGAUUAUGCUUCAAAUAGUCCCUUCGUCCAUUUAAAUUCAUCGGAGGCCUUGGGAAGGUUCUUGAUCCAUAUAUCAAAGUGGAUUUUCUAGGAAAGAAAACAGAAAGGACUUACAAAUAACUGUGCAAACUUUGUUUUCAUGCUUAAACAAUUAAAGCCGUUGGUUACUUAUGGCAGGUGCUUCCUGAUUUCUAUUUGCAUGCAUAUGAAUGACUUUAGAGUGAGUUUUCCAGGAAAGCAAAAGACAAAAAAUGUAGAGAAAUGCACUAGAAAACAAACUGUUUUCAUAUUCACACAAUCGAAGUGCCUUAGUUUUCUUUCUCCAUUUAACUUUUCAUGUGGAAUUGUCAGUGUUGCAUAGUUCCUGUACACCGUCACAAGAAAUGUUGAGGCAGCCUUGUACAAGCGACUGUGUUGUGAUAAAAAGGCUGAGUUUGUGCAUGUAUUAAGACUAUGGAGUAGGGAUAUCAUUAAUCUUAUUCCUCCAGGUUUAACCCUAACCCUCCUCAGUCCUCCAACAGGUGAAGGAUUGAGGGGGGUUAGGGUUAAAAAGCAAAUUUUACCAUGAAAGAAAUAUAUGGAAUGCCUUACAUAAGUGGUAUCACAUCUAAAUUGAACACUUAAAGUUUAAAAAAGUAUGAAAUAUGUAGGCCUAAGCAAGAAAAAACACACAGACUUUGCACUUCAGUAAAUCUUAUGCACCAAUAUCUGUAAGAUGGAGGGUUAAUUUGGGGUAGGUUAAAAUAUUUGAAUCGAAAUUAGUUAAAAAGAAUGACUAAAACGUACACAUGUUUGGAUGAAAAAGAAAGUUUAUGUGAUAGAUAGAAAGAAAGAAGAAACCCCAGUAUGAACGAAAGAAAAAUAUGUGUAUGGAUUUUAAACCUGUUAUGAUGAACGGGAACUCUUUUUUGAAAUUGGUCGACAAAACCUAUAAUAAUGUCAAAUUAAUCAAGCACAUAAGCCUUGUCAGUGUGUGUUUUUGAUAAAGGAUUUGCUUUGCAUUGAAUAAUAUUACCGAGUAUACCCCAUUCAUAAAGGAGAGUACUCUUCGUGUCUUUUCACAUACUGACAACCAAUUUGGUUGAAUUGAAACUGCUCUGACAUUUUGUCCAUGAGUUCACUUAUUUUUUGGGUCACGAUUAGAUGCAAAAUACUUUGUGGGACUGACCCCCCCCCCAAAUGUAGGCCUACUAUAUGUACAUUCGUUCCUGUUGAUAUCAUUAUUGUAUGCAUGUGUAUAUAAGUGUAUAUCUAUUGCUUCAAUAUAAGUGUUUGAUAUUUACCGUAAAUAAAGAUUUUCUUCCUUCACA